UUCUUUUUUUUUGUUACAGGAUUUAGAGACGGGAGCAGGGGUGAAGAUCAAAGCUUUUCAGCCAUGGGGACCUUUGACAGACAGAUGUCGGAAUCAUCCAAUCAGAAGUCACUGGAUGUUUAUAUGCAUGGAAUCGACAGACUUACCGAACCUCAAGAAGUUCAGGAAUAUAGCAUCCAAGACAUCACCCGGCGCCACUGGAAGCAGUGGGAUGGCAAGACGGUGUGCAGCAACAGAAGCUGCCGCAAGCCCUUCUCCAUCCUGCUGGAUAGAGUCCAUCACUGCAGAAGAUGUGGAAAUAUUUUUUGUGCCAACUGUCUGAAGUUCCGUCGUAAGUUGAAUAAACUGGCCAACCCUGACCCAGAUGGCCGAUCAUAUAAGGUGUGUCAGCCCUGCUAUGCUGAGGGCCAGGAGACGGAGGGAAGGAUGGUGAGUCUGACGGUGGAGUUCCGAUCACUCAGAAUGUGUAAGUAUAAGAAUUCAUCGUCAGUGAGAGGUCAUAUGUCGUCAUCACGGAGAGACAAGUUGGACAUUGAAAAGGAGUGCAAACGGCUCAUCGAAGGGUUCAAGGGGUCAAUGGGGUCAUCAGAGGUCAAGCGGACAUUGCAUGAGCUGAGGAACAUGGUGUUGAUUCCAGAAUGGCAGAAGGCAAGCAUGUGGAUGCAAGAGAACAUGAGCGACUGCUGUCACAUGUGUCGCAGCACGUUUGGGUUCCUACGUAAGAAGCUGUUCUGUCGUGUGUGCGGGCUGGCGCUGUGUAAGGGCUGCUCGGCCAAGGACCUGUUGGUGUACUACCCUGAUGUGGAGCCGGGUGAAGCAAGGGCCACCGACCCCAGACUCGCCAUCAUCAAGAUCAUCGGGUGUCCAGAGGUGGAGCCUGAAGUGAGCCUGUACCUGCGAGCCUGUCCGUCGUGUCGGGAGCAGAUCAUUGAGCGGCAGAUCUCCCAGAUGGAGCUUGCUACAGUAGAUGACCCGAGUUCAGAACUAAUGCCCCAGCUGAACAACAUCAAUGUCAGCUUCCAGAAGACUGAGAUCAAGGUCAAAAAGCAUCUCCCAGAGUACCAGGAGAUAGUGGACUCCCUGGAAGAUAACAGUCGUGGGUCGUCAGGGUCCGGAUCUGGGCUUCCGAAGAGCAACAUGAAGACACUGGCCAAGGCACAGGGGGACCUUGCUGACUUCCUGGCCAAGCAUGUCCUCAUUGUCCAACAACUCAAGAGGCUCAAGCCACAGACAGAAACGCAAAACAAACUCCUUAAAAACUACAUCAAGAGCAAAUGUGAGUUCUACCUGGAGAACAUGUCCACGUUCCGAUCAGCUCGGAACCGACUCAGCGACUCGACGCCACCUGAAGUACUGGAGUUUAUACAGAAAGUCAUGGACAAAAACGCAGUUGUCAGUGCACACCUCUACCUCCGGCAGCUGGUAUUUGAAACAAUUGCAUUGUGUGCCAAAUUUCACCUGGAUGAAGAAAUACCUCGGCAUCUGACCCCAUUAGAGGAGGCCCUGGAGCUGGAUGUCCGGGUGAGUGUCGAGAAAGACGGAGAGGACUGGGAACAGCAUCACGAGGUCACGCAACAGCUCAUCAAGGAACAAAUGCGGGAUCACAAGCUAAUUCGACCGUCCCGGCGCCAGUUGAAGAAAAACGGAGCCUUGCACGCGGAACACAUCAUGCGACAGAGAAGCCGUGACGUUCUGGCCAGCAUCACCGUUCAGCUCCAGCUCAAGUCUGCCAACCGGCGCUUCCCACAGACCAAGAAGUGUCUAGAGGAAGCCAUCAACACCUUCCCGGGAGCGGCUACAGACUCCUAGUACGCAACCAUCUACAUGGUUCACGACAAGCAAGUUGACAACAAUCCAUAUGCAACACAUGUAAUAAUGACAACGCGCAUUACAGCAUUGGUGACUGCUAGAAGGUAUUGCUGGAAAAAUGGUUAAUGAGGACACAAUAGGCAUUGAUUUGUUUUAAGAUGGUUAACAGAAUUUUGUUUUGUUUAUUAUUAAUGUAAACGUUUCUGUUGCAGUCAGUUGUUUAUUUUGGUGGGAAAGGCAUGUAUUUGUGUAGGUACAAUAUCAACAUUAAAAAACUUGUCGAUACCCAUGAUAUCGCAAUAUAUGAUGAGACCCUGUUUGGAUCAUGUGGAGAAUAUUAUGUUUGCGUGUACUAUUUGUCCAAAGUGUACCAAUACAGUGUACGAUUUUAUGAAUUCCGAAUUCAGGUUUAUGAUUAUUAUACCUUGAAAUGGGGCGGUUGGGUAGCCUAGUGGUUAAAGCGUUCGCUCGUCACGCCGAAGACCCAGGUUUGAUUCCCGACAUGGGUACAAUGUGUGAAGCCCAUUUCUGGUGUCCCCCGCCAUGAUAUUGCUGGAAUAAUGCUAAAAACGGCGUAAGACCAUACUCACUCACUAUACCUUGAAAUUGUAUGUUAAACUAAGGUCAACUUUCGUAUAUAUAUUUUGUAAUUUGUAGAAAUUCUUUGCAGAUUUAAUUUUUUAGGAAUAAUGUUUUGCAGAUCAACACAGAAGAAUAGAGAAAUAUAUUGGGGCUGAGUCAAUUUUAGGUGAUGGGUGGGACAAAAGUAGAGUAUCUGAGAAUGAGAAUAUGCUUCUUCGUGCCAAAAGUGUGAUUGUGUGCUAUUUGAAAACAAAUGUUAUUGAAGAUUAAGUCAUAUUUAAGUUUCUAAUAGACAUAUCAAUAUGAUAUGGUAUUUAUGUUUUCAUUGUUGUAUCACAUUAAUGACAAAUCAGUGUUUUUUAAUCCUAUGUCAUAUUUUCACCUUUUUAAAUCACCUUCACAAAUGUUAGAUUUUUUGGCUGAUGAAUUACGGGAGAGGAGAGGUGGGAGUAACAGUGGUAACCUGGGCAUGUCACCGGAGUCAGGUAAACUGGAGAUCAGUUGGUCAGUGGAAUAAAGGUGGAAAAAGUAAUUUGUUGAUAAACAACAUUGUUGAUGAAUUGUUUGAUGGGCUUUGUGUAGAAGUUGAUGAUGACAAAGUGAACAACAAAGUUAUGGAUAACAUCUAUCACAGUAGAAAAAAGAAGUUGCUAUCCAUAAUUUUGUUGUCCACUUUGAACAUCAUUGAUGGUCACGUUAUAGAGUGACGUCACUUCUAUAGGGAAUGUUUUUGAAGUUUUAUCUUUUAUUUGAAUCCACAUUUGUAAAACUUAAGGUCUACUGGUUCUAAAAGCCAGCAUGCCCAUCACAUAUCUAUUGUGUGUCGUUGUUUCUUGUUUUUCACUGCACUCAGCAAUAUUCCAGCUACAUGACAGCAGCACAUAUCUAUUGAAUAUCGUGUAGACUUUAUCAGUAUCUAGAUGUUGACAUUUUAGAGUAAUUAUCUACUCUUUUUACAGAUAUGAAUAUUGUCCUGUUACAAAUCACUUGUAAGAGAUUCAUAAACUUUAAUCCAAUUUUUUCAUUUUAUCAAAGAAUAUACAUGUUUAUCAUUAUGCAUGUAUAUUCACAUUUGUUUAUAUACAAUAAACCGUUAUUAACUCAAUCUUCCAGAGCAUGAUAUUGCUUAAGACAAUUUUGUGGCAGGCAGUGAUACUGGUAUGCUUUUGUGAUUCCGGUCGUAAAUCUGGAUAGGUAGGAUGGUCUGCUUUGAAUUCAUGGCAGCUCACCAUGCAGAGUUGUGUCCCUUGCUCAGUUCGUGAAAUAAUUUUUCAGCAGUAUAGUGUGGAAGGUAAUUUAAGGUACCGACGUUUACUACAAUAUCUGAAAAACUAUCGGACCUACUCCAGUCAAAGUUGGUAUGAGAUUAUUAAACAGUCAUGCAUAACUGGAUAUUACAUUUAAAGACAA